AUGUCGGAGACAAAACAGCUCAGCUGGAUGAUACAGAGACUGUACAUAUGGCACAGUUCUUGCCAAUAUCGGAACCACGACUUCACGAGAUACAGAAGCAAACUAGCACAGAUGAGUCGUUACAAACUCUCAGGGAAGUCAUAUUGGAAGGUUGGCCUGAGUCCAAGUCCAAGUCUCGCGCAACCAUACUUCCAUGUUCGCGAUGAACUUGCGGUCCAGGAUGGAAUUAUCUUUCGUGGGGAACGCGCUGCGAUUGCUAGGACACUAAGAGCAGAUAUUAUGCAGAAAAUUCAUUCUGCGCAUGUUGUAGUCGCAUGUUGCCUGCGGAGGGCGCGAAACAGUUUAUUGGCCGAGGAUGAACAGUGUAGUGUGUAUCGUUCGUUUGACACAAAACAACAGAUAGAGACUUUAAUCUCACAUGAUGUACCAGAUAGGCCUUGGGCUAAACUCGGGUCAGACCUGUUCUAUUUUGGCCAGAAGAACUACCUAAUUACAGUUGAUUAUUUCUCAAGUUAUUGGGAAAUAGACUACCUACAGGACACCACAUCGAAGACGGUAAUCCGAGCCUUACGUAGUCAGUUUGCGCGUCAUGGAAUACCUGAUAUUAUGUGUAGUGAUAAUGGUCCUCAGAUUAGCCCUGGUGAAUUCCGGCGUUUCAGCAAAGAAUGGGAAUUCGAUCAUGUUAACUCGUCGCCAGGUUACGCACAAAGCAAUGGAAAAUCUGAACAAGCAGUCAAAACUGCGCAGAGGUUUAUGAAGUUGGCUAAAACUUCACACAAAGACCCAUUUCUGGCACUCCUUGAUUUCAGAAACACUCCGUCACAGGGUAUGGACCGUAGCCCUGUACAGCGUAUCAUAAAAAUGCGCACAAAAACACUGAUGCCGACGAAAGCAAGUCUUUUAAAACCAGAAGUGCAGAUGUCGUCAAAUGCAAAGAAACAGUUGAAGGGCGUGAAGGAACGACAAGCUUUCUACUACAAUCAAACUGCGAAAAACCGAAACCUCUAG